AAACAGUAAGCAAGUACUUUUAGAAAUGGGAUGCUCUAGUCGUUUAUUGCUAUUAAAAUAAGGAAUCUCUUCACAAGCAUAAAUACACAUCCCUGGUCAUUUUGCUUCUACUCUUGAGUUUUGAGCUUUUUGGCAUUUCUUUCGUCCUUUUGGGAAGAAAGAAAGAGUGAAAGAAAUACCUAAAACCAAGGAGAAUUCAGAAAGAUAGCCGAAGAAGAAAAAAAAACAAGUGAUCAAUUUUUCAAGAGGAAGAAGAGAUCAAGCAAAAGAAAAUGGUGAGAGCUCCUUGUUGUGAGAAAAUGGGGCUGAAAAAAGGGCCAUGGAUUCCUGAAGAAGAUCAGAUUCUCAUCUCUUUCAUUCAAACUAAUGGCCAUGGCAACUGGCGAGCCCUUCCCAAACAGGCUGGACUAUUGAGAUGCGGGAAGAGUUGCAGACUGCGGUGGACGAAUUAUUUGCGACCAGAUAUAAAGAGGGGAAAUUUCACCAAGGAAGAAGAAGAAACAAUUAUCCAGUUACAUGAAAUGCUUGGCAAUAGAUGGUCUGCAAUAGCAGCAAAAUUACCAGGACGAACAGACAAUGAAAUAAAAAAUGUUUGGCACACCCACUUGAAGAAGAAGCUCAAAGAUUAUAAGCCUCCUCAGAACUCCAAAAGACACUCCAAGUCCAAGAAUCAUGAUUCCAAGGGUCCUACUACUUCUGAAUCAUCCAAUAAUUCUGAUCUUACUAUUAUUAAUACACAAAAACACAUUGAUAGCCCAGUGCUAGCUCCUAACUCACCCCAAAUUUCAUCUAGUACUGAAAUGUCAACUGUGACACUAGUCGAUGAUCAUCAAAUGGUUGUGAUUAAGCAAGAAGUAAUGGAGUCGUCCGAGUAUUUUCCAGAGAUCGAUGAGAGUUUUUGGACGGACGAAUUAACAACGGACAAUAACUGGAGUAGUACUGAUCAUGUUAUGGUUGCUGCUAAUCAAGAAUUACAAGUUCAAUUACCAUUUUCCAGUUUUAAGGAAGAAAAUGUGGACAUUUUGGCUACAAAAAUGGAGGAUGACAUGGACUUUUGGUACAAUGUUUUCAUAAAGACUGAUGAUUUGCCAGAAUUACCAGAAUUUUGAGGGGGCUAUGUUAUAAUUUUGGUUCUUCUGUAAAUUUUGAGGUAGUGGUAUCUAGCUAAUAAAUAGGUUGUAGAGAAUUUUUGGAGUCGGUAAGUUUGAAACUUCGUGUUUGUAAUUUUCUUGACCAGAAAAAUUUCCCGUGUUGGGACCAUUAGCUAGUAUAUUUUUGGUGUUAGUUAUUUUGAACCCUUUUUACUUAGUUUUAGUGGGAGAAGUGUAAGUGGAUAUGCUGAUGUGUUUUGUAUUGACUUAGGAAUGUAGUUCCAUAUAUAGGCACAGAAAAUCUAUAUUUAGAGAAAAAUUAUCGGAAAACCUAUAGUCACCAUCCUCCUAACUUAACUUAA